CGCUCCCGCGCUCCUGCCAGCCGCUGAGAGGGACGCGGCGCGGGCGAAGGAGGCUUCCCGCUGCCGGCGGGCAGAGAAAGGAAUGAAGAAAAUGAGCAACAUCUAUGAAUCAGCAGCCAAUACCCUGGGAAUUUUUAACAGCCCAUGCCUGACUAAAGUGGAGCUGCGAGUUGCAUGCAAAAGCAUAUCAGACAGAGAUGCCCUCUCAAAACCAGAUCCUUGUGUCAUCCUUAAAAUGCAGUCACAUGGCCAGUGGUUUGAGGUUGACAGGACAGAAGUGAUUCGAACCUGUAUAAAUCCCGUCUUCUCGAAGCUGUUCACGGUGGACUUCUAUUUUGAAGAGGUGCAGCGGCUGCGGUUUGAAGUCCAUGACAUCAGCAGCAAUCACAAUGGGCUGAAGGAAGCUGAUUUUCUUGGUGGCAUGGAGUGCACUCUUGGGCAAAUUGUUUCCCAGAGGAAACUCUCCAAGUCCUUACUCAAACAUGGAAACACAGCAGGAAAGUCAUCUAUAACAGUGAUCGCUGAGGAAUUGUCUGGCAAUGACGACUACAUUGAACUUUCAUUCAGUGCACGGAAAUUGGAUGACAAGGAUUUUUUCAGCAAAUCUGAUCCUUUUCUGGAGAUUUUCCGGAUGAAUGAUGAUGCGACCCAACAACUUGUCCACAGGACUGAGGUUGUGAUGAAUAACUUAAAUCCAGCCUGGAAGACCUUUAAAGUGUCUGUAAAUUCUCUGUGCAGUGGAGACGAGGACCGCAGGCUAAAGUGCAUAGUUUGGGACUGGGAUUCCAAUGGAAAGCAUGACUUCAUUGGAGAAUUUAACUCGACUUUCAAGGAAAUGCGAGGAGCCAUGGAAGGAAGACAGGUACAAUGGGAAUGCAUUAACCCCAAGUACAAAGCAAAGAAGAAGAAUUACAAGAACUCAGGCAUUGUCAUCCUUAACCAGUGCAAGAUCCACAAGAUGCAUUCUUUCUUAGAUUAUAUAAUGGGAGGCUGCCAAAUACAGUUUACAGUAGCUAUAGAUUUCACUGCAUCCAACGGUGAUCCCAGGAACAGCUGCUCACUGCACUACAUUCACCCCUAUCAACCCAAUGAGUACUUGAAAGCUUUGGUAGCUGUUGGGGAGAUUUGCCAGGACUAUGACAGUGACAAAAUGUUCCCAGCCUUUGGAUUUGGAGCAAGGAUACCCCCAGAAUACAAAGUCUCUCAUGAUUUUGCAAUCAAUUUCAAUGAAGACAAUCCAGAAUGUGCAGGAAUUCAAGGUGUCGUGGAAGCUUAUCAGAGCUGCCUUCCCAAGCUGCAGCUGUACGGGCCAACAAACAUUGCUCCCAUCAUCCAGAAGGUGGCAAAGUCAGCGUCAGAGGAGACCAACACCAAGGAGGCCUCGCAAUACUUCAUCUUGCUGAUUCUGACGGAUGGUGUCAUCACAGACAUGGCUGACACCAGGGAGGCCAUUGUCCAUGCCUCUCACCUUCCCAUGUCAGUCAUCAUCGUCGGGGUGGGCAACGCCGAUUUCAGUGACAUGCAGAUGCUGGAUGGUGAUGAUGGGAUCCUCAGGUCUCCCAAAGGCGAGCCUGUGCUUCGAGACAUUGUCCAGUUUGUGCCAUUCAGGAACUUCAAACACGCAUCCCCAGCUGCUCUAGCAAAAAGCGUUUUGGCCGAAGUUCCAAACCAAGUCGUGGACUAUUACAAUGGCAAAGGGAUAAAACCAAAAUGUAUGUCAGAGUACGAGUCUUCCAGGACACUAGCUCCAUGA